AUGGCAGAGUAUGAAGCUUGUCUUCUCGGACUUAGAAUAGCCGUAGACAUGAAUGUCAAAGAGGGUUUGGUCAUAGGCGAUUCUGAUUUAUUGGUUCAUCGGGUACAAGGAGAAUGGGCUGCUAAGAAUGCGAAGAUCCUUCCUUAUUUGCAUUGCAUAAAGGAGUUGAAUAAUGCGGACAAUCUCAAUAACGAUCUUAUAAAGGAAAUUUGUGAGUGGUUUAAGAUUGCUCAUAGAAAUUCCACAACUUAUCGACCACAGAUGAAUGGAGUAGCUGAAGAUGCAAACAAGAAUAUCAAAAAGAUUUUAAGGAAAAUAGUGGAUAGUCACAGACAAUGGCACAAGAAGUUACCGUAUGCUUUUCUUGGUUAUCUUACCACCAUCAGAACUUCCACUAGGGAAAAUCCUCAUAUGUUGGUUUAUGGUUCAGAAGUAGUAAUAUCCAUUAAAGUGGAAAUACCAUCUUUAAGGAUUAUUCAAGAGAUCGGUUUUGAUGAUGCAGAAUGGAUUUGCAACAAGAUUGAACAGUUGAUGUUCAUUGAUGAGAAAAGAAUGGACGUAGUUUGUCAUGGUCAACUCUAUCAGAACAGAAUGGACAAAGCAUUCAACAAAAAAGUCAAGCAUCGACAGUUCACACCGGGACAAUUAGUAUUGAAGAAGAUAUUUCUUCACUAA